AAUGACUGAAGAAUAGUGUGAUUAUGUGUUCAAAUUCAUCAUUAUUGGAAAUGGCAAUUGUGGAAAAACUAGUCUUCUUUAUCAUUAUAUUCAUGGAAAAUGUAAUUUAUACUAUGAAUUAAGAAAUUGCAAAUGUUAAGUAGACAUUAGGUGUUGAAUUUUCUGCCAAGAUAAUUUAAGUGAAACAAAAGAAAAUUAAAAUGUAAUUAUGGGAUACUGCUGGCUAAGAGAGAUAUAGAGCCUUGACUAAGGGUUAUUAUAGAGGAGCUUUAGGUGCUUUAAUAGUGUUUGAUGUUACUAAGUAAUAAUUUACAGUACAAUAGUUCAGACUCUUUUGAGGCUCUUAAAGAGUGGAUCAAACAUGCCAGAGAUUUUUCUAAACCAUCAAUUUAAAUUAUUAUCAUAGGAAAUAAAAUAGAUCUAGAAAAAGAAAGGUAAAAUUACAUUUAUCAUAUAGAGUGAUUUCUGAAUAAUCAGCUAAAUAAUUUUGUUAAGAAAAUGAUGUUUAAUAUGUGGAAACAAGUGCAACAACUGGUUAUUAAGUCAAUGAGGCAUUUACUCAAAUAACAAUUAAAAUUCUAGACUUAUUGUAGUAAGGAGUCAUUGAUGGAGGUAUGAUCAAACCAAAAUUCCUUACGUCAAAAAAAGCAGAUGAAAAAGAGAAAUAAUAACAAUGUAAUUGUUGACC